AUGGACUUUACGAUCUCCCUCGCACACUUUUGCGAGACCCACGGUCCGACAUCCAUCAUCUGCACCCAGGCCUCGACCUCGCCCUGCGGCUCCUGCAACCCAUGUGUCACGCCGCCCUCCGAAGAGCCGCACACGGCCUACUCCUACAACGGCCUGUACGAUCAGCCCACAACCCUCAAGCUCAACCCGCGCCUGCCACAGCUCACCUCGCCCUUCGACUCCCCACCCAACAGCCCGCGCUCCCCCACACACAACCCCUACUUCCCAAGCUUGCCCUCUUCCUCUGCCGGUAGUUUCGGCGGAAGGAGACCUAGCAGCACCAUUGACUCCGACUCGGACGCAUGUGAAAACUGCCAGAUGGUAGUGCCCCAGAAGUACAGCGACAAGAUCCCCAACGGCGCCCCUGGCAGUCCCACCAAAGACGGACGAGGAAGGAACGGUAGUCCUGUGCUGCGUAGCUCCCAGAACUACCCAGUGCGACGACCCAUCUCCCGUGACGAUGUCAGUAGCACUGAUUCCUCCGAUGUCUCCGAUACAGAGCAGUCGACUUCUUUCCAGAGCGGCGCGUCCAGCUCCUUCCCAGAUUCCAUACCUCCCUCGCCAAUGCUCGUGUCGAGGGGCAUACACACCCACACACUGAACUACAUCUCCACCAGUCAGCCGCAGUCGCCCAGCACCUACUCGCUCCUGCGCCGCACCUGCAUUCGUACCUUGUCUACCGAAGUCCUUCCUCUCAGUAAACCUUCGGGCCCCAUCAUGUUUGGAGAUUCGGUUGCCGGUUACACCAUUGCCUACGUCUUCCGUCUGCAGGACCCGCGUUCGCGAGGAGCUAAGCGCACCUACGCCUUUAUUGCCAUGGCUGGUCGCGACUACCGGAGAGCCACCAAGGCCAUGGUCAAGAUCAUCGAAGCAUUCGAAGGUAUCGCCAACCGCAUCAUCUCCCUGGCCGACAGAGUCCUUGAGCGCGAGAGCGCAGCGUCGCACAGUCUUUCACGUCCGACCACAGCAAUUUCCGGCAGCACGCCUUCUCUUGGAACUUCCGCCUCUUCAAUGCCGCCAAACUUUUCCUCGGGCCACAAGGAACGAACCUUUUCCACGGCAAGCACACCCAACUUCCGCAACAUCACACCAGUCUCCUCCUUCCUGUCUGCGAAGAAGGUUGACCCGGAUGGCUUUCCUCGUGUCUCUCGCGACGUGAUGAAGGCAAAGAGCCUCGUCGAGAUUGUUGGCCAGGAGAAUUUCUUUGUGGACCUUCAUGGCCUCUUCUGCCAUCUUCUGCACUCCCUUAUCAAGCAGUUCGGAUGA